ACAACGGGGCCAGUCGCUGUGUGGUCCCGGUCCGCCAAGUUGACGCUGCCGCCUCCGCCGCUACCGCUUUUUCCUCACUGGCGUGGUUUUUUUGUCCCGUAUUUUCUUUUUCGCUUGCGCCUUUUUUGUCCCGUUCUGUCAGAUAAAUCACGAUGGGGAAGAAGGAGGAAGAGGAGAUAGUCAGAAUCGCUAAAAAGAUGGAUAAAAUGGCGCAGAAGAAAAACGGGGCUGGUGCAUUGGAUCUCUUGAAAGAGCUGCGGAGUGUACCCAUGACUCUGGAGCUGCUCCAGUCCACCAGAAUCGGAAUGUCUGUUAAUGCGAUCCGCAAGCAAAGCACAGAUGAGGAGGUGACAUCUCUCGCCAAGUCCUUGAUCAAGUCUUGGAAGAAGCUUUUGGAUGAGCCUGGAGGUGGAGAAAAAGCUCCAGAUGAGAAGCGAAAAGAACAAACAACACCUGUCGUCUCUCCAUCGCAGGGAAGCCCAGAGCCUAAGGAAGAGAGCAGCUCCAGCAGUAAUUCCAGCAGCAAAAGUGAAACUUCUGAAGUCGCUUCCAACACGUUUACCACCUCCUUUCCUCGCGCCCCAACCACCUCCGACUCCAUCCGGCUCAAGUGCCGAGAGAUGUUGGCCAGUGCUCUGCAGACUGGAGAGGAUCAUAUUGCCAUUGGUGCUGAUUGUGAGGAGCUCGGCUCACAGAUUGAAGAAUAUAUCUUCCAAGAGUUUAAGAACACAGACAUGAAAUAUAAGAACCGUGUGCGGAGCCGGAUCUCGAAUCUAAAAGAUAUGAAAAAUCCCAAUUUAAGGAGGACCGUGCUCUGCGGGAGUGUAACCCCGGAGCGGAUGGCCAAGAUGACCGCAGAGGAAAUGGCCAGUGACGAGCUGAAGGAAAUGAGGAAGAAUUUGACCAAAGAAGCUGUCAGGGACCACCAGAUGGCCACCACCGGCGGCACUCAGACUGAUUUAUUCACCUGUGGCAAAUGCAAGGGGAAGAACUGCACCUACACACAGGUUCAAACUCGAAGUGCUGAUGAACCGAUGACCACGUUUGUCUUCUGCCAGCAGUGUGGAAAUAGAUGGAAGUUCUGCUGAAUCUGCUGGCGUCAUCCACGGCACUCCCGACAAGUAGCAAAAUUCCCGGACCAGGUUCUGUCCGCCUGCAGCAGAGCGGAGCUUUGUAUUCUGUGGUUGCGUUGUACUCAACAUCCAAGAUGCCACUACGGUUACCGUUUGAGUAAAUAUCAUGGUCAUAGAUUGAGCUUAUUGUCACUUCCCUUAAGGCCCCUCUCUCCAAAUCUCUUACUGUUGUUAUUAGUUGUUUCUCGCUGUCAUAUAUAUGCCAUGAAUCUUGUGUCAUUCUCUUUUAUCUGCGUUUUUAUAUGUAGUUUUAACACUUUGGAUAAUAUUGUUUUUGCUUUCUCGGCACAGCAUUGUAUUGUUUUAUUUAAUUUCCCAAUAAAGUGUAAUCCAUUUGAUUAAAAAGGAGUUGUUUUAA